AUGCAGGUGGAAGGUGUCGCUCUAGUCCUUGGUGCUGGUAUGCUGUUUAUUUUGUCCCCCUUCCUGGUUUUCGUCUGCCUAGCCAAUGCCAACGCCAAGUCCAUGGCCAUUUCUUUACGCAAACUGACAGGAAGUGGCAUUGGGCGCGCGGUCGCCUAUGCGCUUGUCACACAAGGCCUCACCACCCUAGUCUGCGCCGACAUCAAUCUCUCUCAAGCCCAAGAAACCGCCACAUCGAGCUACGCAGUUGCAGGGCGAGAAGGCUACGAGGCAACCGCCUACCAUGUUGACGUCCGUGAGGAGGCGCAGGUGCAAGCGUUGGUAGCGAGAGCCAAGGAGCAGCAUGGCCGCAUUGAUAUCUGCAUAACUACAGCCGGGGUGAGCCAAUCCAGUCGUGAUUUUUUCUCCGUGCUGGAUGAUUCUGACCAAGGCAAGACCGCGGCUGCCAAUCAAACUCCGAUCAGCGACAUGAGCCUGGAAACAUAUAGGAGCAUGGACGAGGUGCACAAUAUCGGGUGCUUUUUAGUCGUCCGCGAGGUGAUCCGGGCAAUGACCAGCCAGGAGCCAGUUUCGACUAAACGGCAGAACCAAACUCGGGGUUCAAUUGUAUUAUUAACCUCGCUGGCCUCGGAGGGGGCGUUCCUCGGAGUGGGCAAUUAUAUCGCAGCCAAACACGCCGUCAAAGGACUGGUUCAAACCGCCGAAGCUCUUGAAAACGCGCGCAAUGGUAUCAGAAUCAAUGCCGUUGCUCCCUCGUAUGUUUCGGGGCCGUUGAUGGAAAAAUUCCUGGAUGGGGCACCGGCCGUCAAGGAUGCUAUGCUGGGUGAUUUGCCGAUGAGACGAUUGGCCGACCCAGAGGAGGUUGCCGACGCGGUGGUGUUUCUGGCGUCUCAGGCUGCCAGCUAUAUCAAUGGGCAUACAUUGGUUGUGGACGGGGGAUCGUCAUUGCAAUUGUCAAAUCAGCCUUUUUCGUGA